AUGGCAGAUGUCGCCGCGAUGCCCGAGGCGAAGUGUGAAAUGCCCGCUGCGCAGUCCCCCAGUUCUGGUGUCUCCGAUCUGUUGUGUUCUCCCCCUCAACUGAAAUCUCCGUCUCCGCGUCAACUCUCUUCGAGAUUCGCCACCACGAACAUCGCACACAUGUCUUCUCCCAACCGUUCUCGCGAGCUCGUCCAAGGGGCGGCUGCAGACCACGCCCCGGUCGGGUCGAGCCCGUGCUUUUCCCUUCGCUUCGAGGCUGCGCACAUGGGCAACGAGUCGCAGGCUACCUUGCACGGCUGUCGGAAGAACUCUUCGGAGUUCGACAUCCGACGCCGGCCGCGAGCUCAGCAAGUCCGAGACCGCAUGCAACAAAGAAAGCAAAGACAACGGGGCGCGGAGGACAAAGGAGCAAGUGCAGGUCCGGGAAACUCUGGAUUUCCGACUGGAGGAAUGCUGUCGGCGCCUGCGCCACAGUUCCUUGCGGUUCCCGGUGUCAAUACACCUUCCCGAGGGGCGUCGCCCAAGCGCGCCGGCGCUUGCAUGCCUCCCCGUUUCCGCGAAGAGGAGAUGUCGGCGGGCUUCUACUCCUUUCUUGCGCCGUCGAGCCCCAGCGACUACGAAGUCGAGGUUGCGCGCAGCGCGUCUUCCUCGCCGGCGCGCGCUCGCCUCGUGGGGCUUCCCAAUGAAAUGGUCCCCCCUGGCCUGCGAACGCCGCCGUCUUUUGCCGAGGGAAACCCCGUUUCCCACAGCUCGCGAACCAGUCCAGGCGACGAGGCCGCAGCCGGCGCGUUCCCGCAGAACUUCCAGGCCUUUGGCCGUCCAUAUAACUGUGGAAUGCGACAGGGCGGCGCUGUACCGGGGGCGCCUGUCUUUGGCGGGUCGCCUCCAGGACGCGCUCCCCAAGUGGUUUCCCACGGCGCGUCUCCGUCGCGUGCGGCUCCAGCCCGCAACGCAGGCUCCGCUGUCCCCGUCACGCCUGUCCUUCGCGGGUUGGUGACGCCGCCUUCUUUCUCGCCGUCGACGAUGUACAAUCGUCGCACAGAGAGUGCGGCACGCGCAGCUGGAGCGGCGCCGAGUGAGACUCCCGAUAAGCGACGAGAGAUGGGCUCAGGCCUGGGGCUGCAGGCCGGUCCGGAGACCGCACCUCGACUCGUGUUCCCAGACCUCCAGGAGUUGUACAGCGCGCUAGGCCUUCCCUGUCCGUUGCCGGAGCGGAACACUUUGGAGACUUCCACUGGAAGUCCAGCGUUCCGGUCGACUUCCUUUCUUUCCCCGAACGCCGCCGCGCCGCACGCCCCGACCCGGAGUGCGCUGCACGCGACUGUCUCGGCCGCUGGGCUCGGGGCUCUUUUUCCCGGGGUUCACGACCCGUCGCAUGGCGCGGGGCCUCGAGACGGGAGCGCGGGAGAGCGUGAAGACGGCGCUGCAACCUUCUUGGCUGCGCUGACUGAGAUCGGCUCGGACGCGAACGGCAUGCGGAAAGGGAAGCACGCCAGGGCUGCCGCCCUCGAACUUUUUCUUCGAGCCGCCGCAGCAGUUGCCACUGGAAAGGGUGGCCCAGAGGGAGACAAGGUGGACGGUCGAGACAACGCACGGAUACCAGAAGGCGCCUACGCUCAGAGUCCUCACUUGCCGACGCACGGGUACGUGCCGCGGGGGCCUGUGGGACCUACACGCCCGCCGCGAUGGUGGACUGCGGUUGAGAAACCCGACGGCCGAACUUUCCAGAGCCAGUUCCAGGGCGGCAGGGCGGUCGCGGCUCGGGGCGCGUCCAGUUCACGAGCUCCGUUAUUUGCUGAGAAACGGAUGAACGCCUGUGUGGGGUCUCCUGCGCGGCCGAGAGUCUGCGUCAACGCAGUGCCAAGUGCGCCGAACGGGACAGAAGGGUUCGAAGCGGCCGGACGCGGUGCGGCGGAGGAAGACCCCAGCAAGACUGCUUUCGGGGACACUCUCCGCAAGGGGCGACAGAAGUCGCGCGACAGCUCGAUGCUUCCGUCUUCAGAGGCGCGCGAUGUGGCGUCCGGGCCGACGGGCGCUCACGGCAGACGGGCCAAAGGCUCGUCCACGAUUUGCGGCAGAGCGGCCAACACCCCCGACGUCAGGCGCUCGGGCAGCCGCGCGUCCAUGGUAAGCCCAGACUUUGUUUUCAGCGGAGGCGCAGCGCGGUCGAUGGCGCGCGUCGGAAGCAACUCGCUCUUUUCCAACACGUCCGAACGCAGCAUCGCGUCGCCUUCGAGCUCGCUCGCGUCCCCGACGUCGCGACCGGGCGGCGCGUGGGCGGUGUGCAACGGAUCUUCCCCCGGGGCCAAGAGCACCUGGAGCACGUCGUCGGACGCCGGGAACACUGGCUGCAGCAUCAGUCAGUCCAGUUGGGGCAGCAUAGCCAGCAACGCGCCGAGCAUGAGCGCAAGCAUCCCGGCUGUGGGACUUCCGGUCGGGGGUAGCUCGCCGUGGAGUCCCGCGUCGUCGAGGGGGGGGGCCGAGCCCCAGAGCACUGCGCCGCCGCUGAGUGCGGGACUGCGCAGGCCUUCAGAGAACGCGCCGCAGGCAGGAGCGUUCGCACCUCGACCGCGCAAGGGCCUUCGCCUCGGAGACGCAGCUGCGGCGGGCAGUCGCCCCUGCGCCAAGACCCGGAGCGCGUCUUCGGGCACUGUGCCGGGUGGCGGGGGACCGAAAAGGUCGGUGUCUCGCCUGCCUCGAAGCAAAAAGGCGGCCUCAGUCCUGCCACGCAGAGGCCACGCGAACGAGUCCCACGGGGAGAAGGUUGAGGACGGAAAGUGUGAGGCAAGCACAGGUCGAGAAAGAAGAAGCGCGAGCUGCGAUGCAGAUCUUCUCUGUCUGCACGCUGCGGCGAACAGUGCUCGCGCUGCGCGUGCGCUCGGCACUGGGCUUCUGCGUCCCGACGGUGAAGCCGAGGGCCCCGUACAAGGCAUAUCUUCCUAUCACCGGGCUCGGAAGAAUGCAGACCACUCGGUGCGCAAAGGGAAACAGGAGCCUGUGGCCAGCAGCACGACGAAGAAGUCCUCGGGACAGCUCAAAUGUGUGGACGUCUUUCCCCCUCCACCGGCUGCCGCGGCUGACGCUCAAGCUGGCCCGCCUUUGUUUCAACGCCCGUGGGGAGGGACCUGCUUCGGAGACGUCAUCUCGACUUUGGCACAGAAGGGCGAGUCGGGGCCCCGCUCUGGGCCGACGUCGCUGAACUCGGAAAUUGUGAAUGUGACUGGAGGCAAAAGUUUGACCCCUGGCGUCCCGCUCAUGGGCCAAGGGGUGACAGGCUUUCGAAGCUCCAAGGACUCUUCGGUCGGUUCCCUGCAACAGCUGAUGUCUCCGAAUGAACCCGGCCGCAGCGCCGGCACGGUCGGGGGUUCUGACCGUGGUCCGCCAGGCGAAGGCGCUGCUGGCGGGUCCACGCAGUGUCAGUACACCCUACCAGAGAUAACGCCUGCAGGUUCUCUGCCGAAUGCAGCAGCUGGGACCGCCGAUGGCCCUCCCGCAGGCGCCGCACCCGGUGAACAGAACGACCGCGGGUUUUUGAGCGGCAUGGAAAGCUUGCCAACCCUUCCAGCUCUGUCGCUCUGGGGUGGGAAUCACGGAACCGACGAGGCUGCCUGUCGACGUGAAGAGCCUCGGAGUCAAGGCGUUGCCGGUGACGCUGCCGCACCAGGCGAGUUUCGUGGCAGUGGCGCGGCUAUGUUAACCGGACAGGGAAGCGCGGCACCAGUCCCAUCGGUUGAAUGGCUGGUCCAGCAGCGAAAAAACCAGGACAGUCUGCUUGAACAGUGCCGCAAGCAUCUUCAGAACCCGCCCCAGCUGUGGGAGGGGAAUCUCGUCGCCGCCGCAGGUUUCGCUGGUUCAUCGAGCCUUUUCAGCCAGAGCGCGGGCGCUCCACGCCAAGAGGCGUCGCGUGUCUCGUCCACCUCGGGGUCGGCAGGCGUGUCUUCCCCUCGGCCGGCGCAACACGCGAGUUCGCGCUCAGCCGACGAGGGAGUCCAGUCUGCUGCUCUGCGGGACACCGUUCAUCAGACCGAGUUCUACAAUUUAAUGAUUAAGGUUGCCAACGAACUCGCGCUGGUGUCCUCUCAAGGCAGCGGUGUGGGCGCAGGCGCUCGAGCAGAUGCUUCUUCAACUCUUCUGUUUGCCCAAGGCGAGGCUGCCGCGCCGGGGCCGCAUGAAGCCAAGGCCGGGGCUGGGCCGCGCCCUGCUCCUGGCUUCGGGCCGAAGCCCGAUGAUCCACUCUUGGAACGCAGCGCAGAAUUGCCUGAUUAUUUCUUGUCCGUGAACCGCUUCGGUGCGGGCAGUCUUUCCGACUCGGGGAAGCCCGGGGCGCCGACGCCGUUCGACUCGCAAAACUCUCUGUUUUUCUACGGGAACAAACGCGCAAACGACCCCUUCGCUAUUCACCUCGGUGCUCCUGGCUUGGUGGGCGCGCCGAGCCUGCGGAUGGGCGCAGACGCUGCCGUGAGUCCAAACAGUCGACGCAGCGCACUGGAAGGAAGCGCAGGCCUGUCGGGUGUCUCGGACGUGCGCGCCGGCGUGGACGGACAUCUGGAGACACUCAGCGAAGAGGACCCGUCACAGGGUUUGUCGGGCGGAGUCGCAGACGGCAGUGGCCUGCCGGGGUCGACGCGGGAGAGCGUUGUGGCGGCUUGCUUCUCCGCGCAGAGGACGCGCGCGGAUGCACGGCGGGGCCUUUCUGGCGCCGAUGCGGCGGGUGCACUGGGCGAAGGCGACAUGGACCACCUUCGAGGUUUAGUCGAGAGGUGGGUGGGAAUAAGCGAUGCGAAUGGAAAACAGGGAACCGACGCAGCUGCGCAGAGUGCGCUUCGAGAAUGUACAGGCGCGAGCAAUCUAUCCUUUUCCGGAGACGUCGAGUACCUGUGUCGCGAGGGCGUGCUACACUCCCAGCAGAACGCGGGGGUCGGCCUCAGGGAGUGCGUGAACAAGGAUCCGUUUGAAUCGGAAACGGGGUUUGGGGCGUUCAGCAGCGGCCCUGGGCGUUACCAACCUUUCCUCCAGGCGCCGCAACCCGGAGGAGUGGAGGUGGAGACGGCAGCCUGUUCAGUGCCGGGACAACCUCGGGGUCCGGCGGGUCUCCAGCCGGCGACAGGCGAGCCAACGCAGCGCGGUGUGGGGUUUGGGAGCGGUGCGGGGAAUGGAGCCGCGCCCGCGAGGGUAGACCAGUCGCUGUUUUCGGAACUGAAUCGGUGCCCAGAUGAUAUCAGGGAGUUGCUGCUCGGCCACCUGGCAGCGGCGAAAGCCGCCACGUCGGCGCGCGACGCGGGGGACGGAACUCCAGCCUUGGUCCGCGCAUCAAUCUCGCUUCCUUACAACUUGGAGAAGGCGCAAGGUGGAGGCUGCGCCCUUCCGAGCUGGCUGAUGCCGCCGCAAGUGAGCGAAGUUUCGGCCCUUACCGGACUCCCGCCUCACGUGCUGCAGUGUUUCAUGGCAGGCGCACCGACGGUGGGCGACGUGGCCACUCCGCACGGGGUCGAGUCGACCGAGGUUCCUGGACAGCUGCCUUCGUCCGUGUCUCUUCCAGAACUUUUUUCGGCGGGAUCGGUGUCGGGGCCCCAAGCGGAGGCUCUCCACGCAGUGGUUGCGAAGACGAAGGAGAUGCGCUGGCUUCAAGGUCUAGAAACGUUUCUGGAACACCAGGCAAAAAAGGGAGGCGGGAGCGCCCCCGAAGCCAUGGUGGCCGCCUUUGCGGCGGCUGGGGCCGUCGUCGGGCCUCUGCGCGGCGGUCCUGGAUCGGAGUCGGGUCUUCAAGUGCGCGCAGCAGAGAGCGAGGCCGCGCCUGCUCGCGGAGGAGGGCGCAUGGGCCGCGUCGCCACGGUUCCAGCCGACCUCGACACUUGCGCGGCUUCGGGCGCAAGUAAAGGACCAGGCCUGAAUGAAGAUUUCAGCUCAAUGACAAACACACUCUCCUGGUUAAGAGCAGGACUCGGCGGAGCAAACAGCGAUGCGGGGACGGGGCGCCGCGGGACUUUCUCGGCAGCGACAGGCAAGAAGAAUGGGGCUGGGGAGCAGUCGCGACCGAACAAAGCCGGCGAUGAUGGUGCCGGUGGGCGACCGAAUCCGGGAGAGGCAGGUAGCGGCGACGGCCGGGCUGGUAUUUCACGCUGCAGUAGUCCCAAACCAAACACCAGUGGGAACUUUCAGGGCGCGGCGAACAAUGGGCCGAACGCGCAGCCAGGUUCCCAGUCACGUCGCAAAGCUCCAAGGCCAUCCAAACGGCAGCGGGUGUUGAUCCGAGCUCUCGCAUACGUCAAGCAGCGUCUCCGAGUCCUUGAGGGCGAGAUGGCCCCACUGCUGACUCAGACGGGGCUCGCGUCCGUUGUUCAGGACCAGGCUUCUGCUCCUGCGUCGGCUGCGCCUGUUCCGAACUGGGGCCCGAACAGGUGA